AUGGCAGGAAGAGUAUCACAAAGCAUACCGCACCCUCAGUGCUCCACAGCACCCAAGAGCACCCCUCAGUGCCCCAUAGCACCCAACAGCACCCUCAGUGCUCCAUACCGCCCAACAGCACCCUCAGUGCUCCACAGCACCCAACAGCGCCCCUCAGUGCCCCAUAGCACCCAGCAGCACCCCUCAGUGCCCCAUAGCACCCAACAGCACCCCUCAGUGCCCCAUAGCUCCCCUCAGUGCCCCAUAGCACCCAACAGCACCCCUCAGUGCCCCAUAGCACCCCUCAAACCCAACAGCACCCCUCAGUGCCCCAUAGCACCCAACAGCACCCUUCAGUGCCCCAUAGCACCCAACAGCACCCCUAAGUGCCCCAUAGAGCCCAACAGCACCCUCAGUGCUCCACAGCACCCAACAGCACCCUCAGUGCUCCAUAGAGCCCAACAGCACCCUCAGUGCUCCAUAGAGCCCAACAGCACCCCUCAGUGCCCCAUAGCACCCAACAGCACCCUCAUUGCUCCACAGCAUCCAACAGCACUCUCAGUGCUCCACAGGAUCCAACAGCACCCCUCAGUGCCCCAUAGCACCCAACAGCACCCUCAUUGCUCCACAGCAUCCAACAGCACUCUCAGUGCUCCACAGGAUCCAACAGCACCCUCAUUGCUCCACAGCAUCCAACAGCACCCCACAGUGCCCAAUAGCACCCUCAUUGCUCAAUAG